AUGGCGGCCGCUGCGACUAUCCAACUGACACCACCGUCAUUACACGGUGUCGGUCAGCCCUAUGCCAUGCCAUCAGCCACCAACAGCAUCGGUGCCACACACCAUGUCACCGCUGCCGACAUGGACGAGGCCAUCCGGUUGGCUCCCCUCUGCCGCGAUGCCCUGAACCUCCUCGACGACAAGAUGCCACACUUUAAUCACUCGUACGCCUUCACGGCCGACGAGAUCCUGGCCCUCCCCUUGGACACAGUCCGCAUCCCCGACGAGUUGCACGGCCUGCCCCGCCGGAAAUCUACGCGAUCUUCGCUCGCAUCCGCCGUUGCGACGCUGUUGUAUCCCGCCACCCACGAACAGGCUCUGUCAUCCGUGAUCCGGUACGACGCUGCCCGUGUGAGACUGCGCGCAUGGAUUGCGCUGCAGCGGAAGUACGACAUCUUUGCCGCCACCAAACGGAACGGCCACAGCUUCCGCGGCCUGACUGGCGGAGCCGCUCCCGGCGUCCAUGCGCCUGUCUGGUCAUCCCGCAUCCUUGCCCAGGGAACGUGGGACCCGUCAAAACUUCCCGUGUCCACCGCUGGUCCCAGGGCCAUCCCGAUGCCCGUUUCCGUCGCCGACGCCGCCGACCUGGCCCCGUUCUUCGACCAUCUCGAGCAGGGCGGCACUCACGAGCUCGACGAGAACUCGGCCGGCGUUGAUCUCGACCACGGCAAAGGAGAGCCCUACUUUGGCGUCAAGGCAGCCGAGUUCCGCAAAGGUGUCGUCUACGAGGAUGGUCGCAUGGAUCUCUGCAAAAUGGUUGUUGGCCCAGACCACAUCGGCAGCCUGAUGGACAGCUUACGGCCGAAUCCUUUCGUUCGACACUUUUUGCUGGGCAACAACAUCAUUGGCCCGGUUGGCGCUCGGGAGAUUGCCCGCUUCAUCCAAGACCUUCCUGAUCGCAUCGACACUUGGUAUCUCGCCGGCAAUUGCAUCGACGCCCCCAGCUUCAAGAUCCUCGUCGAUGCCUUGGUCACCUCCGACGCCGUCACAAACAUUUGGCUGAAACGCAACCCGUUGGGUUCGGCCGCCGCCGCGGAUGUCUAUCGGCUCAUCACCGAGACGAAAAACCUGCGGACGCUGGACCUCGACCAGACAGAGAUCGGGGACGCCGGUCUCGCAGAGCUGUUCACCCGUCUGGCGGCGUACUCUGAUCCCUCCGGCCGUAAACUGCCCCUGCGACAUCUGUACUUGAACGGCGGCGGCAUGUCGACAACGGCUGCCAGACAACUUGCAGCCUUCUUGGCCUCGCCGGCCUGCGGUGUCACCUCGCUAUACAUGUCUUGUAACCCACUCGGCGACGCGGGUAUGCAGGCACUGGCCGAAGGCGUUCGUCAAGCUCCCCAACUGACUCGUCUGUCGCUUCAGUCCACUGGUCUGAACACGGCAGGUGCCAUUGCCAUUUGCCAGGCAAUCACGUCGCAUCCGGGGAUGCGCUGCCUGGACCUCGGACAGGCAUAUGCGACCAUGGACCUCGGUCAAGCCUGGAACUACAUCCAAGACGCCGCCGCGCCAUCUCUCAUCGAGCUCUUGUCGGGAAACCAGACCCUUGAGUAUCUGAACCUCGGCCAUUGCCCGAUCACACCGCCAGUGUUGCGGGACAUCGACGCGGCUGUCUUGAAGUCUUCGCUGCUGGACUACGACGCCGAGUCCAUCCUUCCAGACCCGACAAUCAAGGAACCUAGGUUCAAUCCGUCAGCCGACAGGACCAUGCCUAACAUAUGCUCGUUCGGGGCAGUGACCAAGGACGCGAAAGCCGCCGAGAAAGCCGUCGACGACCACUUGGAGGCCAACGUGAAAGCCAGGUACGGCAACGACAUGACUUACACUCGAUUCCAGGACGAGGAGAGACGAUGGAUCGUGAACGACAAGACGGACGUGCGGAAAAUCGACUCGGUGUAUCGCAAUCGCGAUGCUGGGUAUGCGCGCCGGCGGCUCCAGGCCUUGGUGAAAGACUGGGACAAAGAUGACGACACCCUCGACCGCGUUAUGAAUGCUCAAGGCCCCUUCUGUUCCCUUCGUAAGAAGGCCGCGGUGCCGGAUGCGCAGGGACCUUUUUGCACACGCCGUAAACACUGA